CUUAGAUUAGCACUAACUUCACUCAUUUGAAAUGUUAAAAAAAUGAUAACAUGAUAUUGCAUUUGAUUUGAUGAGUAAAAAUAUAUACUAUUUCUUUAAGAAUAUAACAAAACUCACCGGUGGCAGUAGUUAUAAUAUUAAUAAAAUAAAAAUGGAAGGUAUUAUGACUACAGUGUGUGGCCAAAAGAGACCAGCAGCUAGUAUAGAACCUUCUCCAACUAAGAAAACAAAUUUUGUGGGGAUCUCCCCUUUAGGAGAAUUAACUAAUGUCAAAACUCCUAAAGACAGGCCUUUCAGAGUGUCAAUUGAAGGUAACAUUGGAGCUGGGAAGUCAACACUCAUCAAAUAUUUCCAGAAUAUGUCAGGAAUUGAAACAUAUUUGGAACCCCUUGAAUGGUGGCGAAAUCUAAAUGGUCACAAUCUCCUAGAUCUUAUGUAUUCAGACAUUCAUGAAUGGCUGAGAGUAUUUCAGAAUUAUGUACAGUUCACUCGUCUAAUUAUUCAAACUUCUAAACCUACAUCUUCUUCCACCAAAGUACAAAUGUUUGAAAGAUCUAUUCAGAAUAAUAGAUUCUGUUUUAUGGAACAAGCUUAUAAGGAUGGAUUUAUAAAAGGGGCAGAUUAUGCAGUAUUGGAUCAGUGGUACCGGUGGAUUCGAGUCAAUGAAGAUAUUGAGCUAGAUUUAAUUGUUUAUUUGAGAAGCAGUCCAGAGACAGUAUAUGAGAGAGUUAAGGCUAGGCAAAGACCUGAAGAAGAAGGCCUUUCUCUCGAAUAUUUAAAAGGUCUACAUGAAAGUCAUGAACGAUGGUUAAUGACUGAUGAUACAAGAUUUAAUACCAUACCUGUUUUAGUACUAAAUGCUGACAAAACUCUGGAUGAAAUUGUUAAUCAGUAUAAAGAGAAUGAACAGAAAAUAUUAGGUUUCGACAAACGAAAAAAAGUCAAAGUGGAUGAAGAAGAUAAAGAAAAAGUGAAAAAAUCACUGUGUUUUACAUAAUUAGCUAUUUUUUAAGACUAUAUACUAAUCUCAGUACUAUUAUAAACCAAAGGGA